AGGGAGAUUUCUGGCCACGCGCGCGCCGCAGUAGUACGCGACACGCGGUACUCGUGGCAGUACGCACGGGAGAAGAAGAAGAAGAAGACGAGGAGGAGGAGGAGGAGGGUGAACACGCUCGCGGCAGCAUCGUCUGGCAAUCCGGGAUGGAGAGGAGCCUCUUUGGCGGCGGCGGCAAGUCGAUCGCCUUCGGCGAGCUGGUGGAGAAGCUGCGCGAGGCGUUCGCCACCAACGACGUCGACAUCGACCACGUGCAGGACCUGAUGGCCAGCUACAGGAGCAACCCGCAGGAGUGGAGGAAGUACGCCAAGUUCGAUCGGCACAGGUACACGCGGAACUUGGUAGACGAGGGCAACGGCAAGUUCAACCUGAUGGUGCUGUGUUGGGGCGAGGGCCACGGUUCGGCGAUCCACGACCACGCCGAUGCCCACUGCGUCAUGAAGGUCAUCCACGGCGAGCUAUGCGAGACCAAGUACAAGUGGCCAAAGAAGUACAUCGACGACGAGGGCAACGAAUGCCAGGGCGAGAUCGAGGAAAUCGAGAGGAGCGUGUACGGCACCAAUGACGUGACGUACAUCAAUGACUCGAUUGGCCUGCAUCGCGUGGAAAACUUGAGCACGAUCGACACGGCCGUGUCCCUGCACUUGUACUCGCCACCGUUCUCGGAGUGCUCGGUGUUCAACAAGCGAACCGGUCAACAGUCCAGAGUCAAGGUCACGUUCUGGUCGAAAUACGGAGAGCGUCGUAAUAGGGAAAUCCAAGAAACCAGAACGCCGGAGGAUAACUGAAACGAGCUCCACGUUUUCGGAUGCAUUUCUUUUUUACCUGUCAAUGUGAUAAUACUGUAAAUAGGAAUACUCCUUGUUUCUCUCUCUUCUUAAGUACUACUUCUAACGAGAUUAAUUUUAAUCGAUUUUAACAUUUGUCAACCCUUUUAUGGAGAUUUUAAUCAUGCGACCUUUUCUUCUCGACCGAUGUGACUGUACGUUGAUUUUUCUUGAUAAUAGAUGACAAGU